AUGAGUACCCGACUCGUAGUUCAUGCCGGUGUUACAGUUUCAAUCGCCUUGCGAGAUGCUGGUAACAAACGCCUCGUCUUCGAAUAUGCUGUAUUAGAUCCUUCCAAUGGAAGCUCAAGCGGUACACAAAGCAAAAGCCAGGACACGGGAAAGACGGUAAUCGGUGAUGCGCUGGACUCGCAAGGAUGGUCCGAAUCUCCUUUGGCCUUGCCCUUUCCUAGCGAGGUACGCGUUGUUGGAGAGGAGGCCAUACCAAACUGGAGUGUCCCACCAGUUGACACAGGUGGAGUAGCAUGUGCCCCAGAACCACGCGAAAAGCUCGACUUCUGGCUUUCUACUACACUUUCCUUCACAGAAAACGUGCCAGAUUUUGAAGUGUUGUCGGAUGGCAAAUAUAUCUACCUUUUUCGCCAGGGCAUACAGGACGAAACGCUGUCUCCGGGCUCUGUCUCGAAAAACAACAUUGGUCACUACGUCAACGGCAAUCUACUCUGCGACCGUUAUAUACUUUCUGGAGGUGUACUUACCAGACCUUUGGAAGUACGCUACCGCCGCAGUGGCCAAAAGAGUUUGAUGUUGAACGAUCGUGACACUCUGGGAGUCAGCGAUAUCAAUGACAAUUUCUUCUACGAGCCUACCCUGUCACUUAAAUUCGCUCCUGUUGUUCGAUUGGGCAGUUUCUCCGUACUUCGUGUGCCAACCAUGUCUAACGACUCUUUCCGAUGGAUGUUUUUCUUGUCUUCGCUUAGCGAAACACAAAUCGAUCAUUAUACUUGCGAUGUGUCUUCUGAUGGUCUCUUUGAUCUGCGUGGCAAGGUCUAUUACUCGUGUAACAAGAACCAUGACAAAGUCUUUUCAACCGAGUCAGGGCAAUGCACCGCUACUGGGUGCGACAAGCCCUUGGUACCUCUCGUCCCUGCAGGCGCGUCCUCUGGUCGAGCUGUUGUCCUUGGCUUACAGGGUGCAAGUACACAGUUGGCUCUGACAAAUGAGUUUCAGCUUAUCUCGCCUCAAGUCCCGAAUGGAGUCACGGUCGAGGCCUGGAUUCAGCCUUCAGACCUUGCUAUUCCUGCUGGAUCGUUCCAUACCAUUUUUGGAAUGAAAGGCCCUUCUGUGGUCCUUGAUGAGGAUAUGCAGUUGGCGUUGACCGACCCUAGCAACCCAAGUUCCAUUCUAUGGAGUACUGGCCUGUCAGCGAAGAAGGGAGAAUGGAAUCAUGUGGCCCUGAUCAUAUCGAUCGAAAAUGGGAAGCCCAAUGCGAAGCUUGUAGUCAAUGAUGAAGCUUCGAAGGACUUUGUGCUCGGUGUGACGUCCAUGAGUCUGAAGUGGGUAGGGUCCCUGGGGAAUUCUACCAAAGUCGACUUCUGUGGCUCUAUCGACGAAAUACGGAUCUGGUCGUACAGUUUGGACCCAAAGACCAUUAGUUGCAACAAGAACUCUACGCCAACAGGCACUGAAGCCCUCCUCGCCGCCUGUUGGCACUGUGAUGAGGGUAAUGGUGGAACCCUGUAUGACUCGACAGCGACUGCAAACCACAUCAUUAUGCUUCCUAAACCUUCUGAAGGUUGCGGUUGGACAGGUUCCCAGGCUCCACUCAGAGCUUAA